AUGUGGCCCAGAUAUGCAGUGGGUGUUGACGGCUUGAGAAGGCAGUUUAGAGAGCAACUAGCUGCAUAUAGAGCUCCGGAUUACUUGUACAAGUUUACUGCUUUCGAGGCAAAUCCCGACAAAAACAGAUAUUUGGAUGUGGUUUGCUUGGAUGAAACAAGAGUUCGGUUAACACUGGAUGUACCACCCAGUACCGACUACAUCCAUGCGAACUGGGUGAAAUUUGACGGACACGACAAAGUAUUCAUUGCAACCCAGGCACCUCUCGACAACACCAUUGAAGACUUUUGGCGGAUGGUCUUCCAGGAAGGAUGUCCUAAUAUUGUGAAUCUCACAAGGAGACCAUCUGAGGAUGGCAAAAAUUAA